GGUCGGUAGCGAGCCGCCCGCUGCCCAGUCCCGGCCCACAGCCAUGGCGGCCGCCGCGCUGUGGCGGCUGCGGCGGGCCUUGACGGCGGCUUUCAGCAGCGCGGCGGGGCCCGGACGGCCGGAGAAGCUGACGGUGCGGCGGCAGGCGGAGGGUGUCCGGAACAUCAUCCUGAACAACCCGAGGAGAAGAAAUGCCCUGUCCCUGUCCAUGCUGCAGUCCCUCAGGGAGGACCUGCUGCACGACGUCAAAAGCAAGGACCUCCGAGUUAUUAUCAUCUCAGCUGAAGGACCUAUAUUUUGUUCUGGCCAUGAUUUAAAGGAACUGUCAAGUGAAGAUGAUGUGAAACAUCAUUCCCAAGUAUUUGAAAUGUGUGCAGAGGUUAUGACUUUAAUCCAAAAACUUCCAGUACCAGUGAUUGCCAAAGUGAACGGGUUGGCUACAGCAGCAGGCUGCCAGCUGGUGGCCAGCUGUGACAUCGCAGUGGCAAGUGAGAAAUCUCAGUUUGCUACUCCUGGGGUGAACAUUGGACUGUUCUGCUCCACACCAGCUGUGGCCUUGGGCAGAUCUCUUCCAAGAAAGGUGGCAUUAGAGAUGCUUUUCACGGGUGAACCUCUUUCUGCCCAGGAAGCAUUAAUGCACGGGCUUGUCAGCAAGGUGGUACCAGAAGACAAGCUGGAAGAAGAGACCAUGAAGAUCUCUCACAAGAUAUGUGAAAGCAGCAAAUCUGUCCUGGCCCUGGGGAAAGCCACCUUUUACAGACAGAUGGCCCAGGACCUUGAUACUGCUUACAAAAUGACUACUCAGGUCAUGGUAGACAAUUUGACUUUGAGAGAUGGGCAGGAAGGGAUUGAAGCCUUUAUUCAGAAACGUAAGCCUGUCUGGGCACACUCUCAGGAUGAGAAGAAAUGAGUCUUGUUUCUGAGCUAACCUUAGCUGUGCUUUAUGAUUCUUCACGCAGUUGCCUUUGGAAACUCUAUUUUUGUUCUUACUGAAAGUGAAAUGCCUCUUCUUACAUAUGCCAAAGACACAAUAAAUUUAUUCUAAGUAUAUAAAAAAUGUUAGGAAAAAUCAAACACAAUGGUUUUUUUUCAGCAAUGAAUUUAAUCUAUGAUUUUAGAAGGAACUUCAUGCUGGAAAAAUCAGUUUAGCAUGUCCCACGUUACUCAGGGAAUCACAGGGACUGGGAGAGAGCCCAGAUCACCCUGUUCAGUACCUGUUUCCAUCACUCUGGAAGAAAAUUGCCAUUUACUGUUAUUAAUAGAGAAUUAAAUGGCUAGGACACAUUCCAGAUAUGAUGGUAAUACAUAUCAUUAUGGAUUCCAGUGCUGUUUAGAUGUUACAGACAGAAGACUGUAACAGUAGCCCAUUGAUCCCUACAGAU